AUGGAUAAAAAUUGGAUAUGGUCCAAUGAUAAAUUGUCAAUGGAAUACACCAAUGGGGUUAGUAAUUUCAUUACACUUGCACAUGAUCACUUGAAUGACGAGAAUAUAACUCGUUGUCCAUGCACCCAAUGUGUGAACUUCUAUUAUUACGAAUUAGAAACAGUAGAACGAUACCUAUGGGUCAAUGGAUUUUCGAAGUCAUAUACAAAUUGGGUAUUCCAUGGUGAGGACAAGACUAGUUCUAGCUUCAAUGUUGAUGAAUUAGAGUUCGACAUAAAUGAAGAUAGCGUAGAUUCUGAGGAUGAUGACUACAUGAUAGAGGCAAUUCAAGAUGUUGUUGGUGGAAUAAAUUUUGAAACUUAUCAAGAUGAAGAAAUUGCAAAGGAAGAAUCUCAUUACGAACCGACAAAAUUUAAAGAACUAUUUGAAGAAGUAAAGAAAGAGUUAUAUCCUGGGUGUUCGAAGUUUUUCUCUCUAACAUUUUUGGUGAAAAUGAUGCAUAUCAAGGUGCUAAAUAAAUUAAGUAACAAAGCUUUUGACAUGAUACUUAAUAUAUUUCGUGAAGUUCUUCCAAAUGACCAUAAAAUACCAAGGUCUCAUUACGAAGCUAAACGAAUGUUACGCAAACUUGGAUUGGGCUAUGAGACAAUUCAUGUAUGUGAAAAUAAUUGCACUCUAUUUUGGAAAGAACAUAAGGAUGCUACUGAAUGCCCUAUUUGUGGAUUUUCAAGAUACAAACUCAAGGGAAAAAGGAGAAAAAAUGUACUAGUAAAAAAAAUGCAUUACUUUCCAAUUACUCCACGUCUACAAAGACUCUUUAUGUCACGACAUACUUCAGAAGAAAUGAGGUGGCACAAAGCAAAAUUUCUAAAUAAUGAAGGUGUGCUUAGACAUCCUGCAGAUGGAGAAGCUUGGAAAGAUUUUGACAAACAAUAUCCAGAGUUUGCAAUAGACCCAAGAAAUGUCAGAUUGGGAAUUGCAACCGACAGAUUCAAUCCAUUUGGAAAUAUGAGUACUAGCUAUAGUAUAUGGCAUGUUGUGUUAGUACCAUACAACAUGCCACCAUGGAAAUGUAUGAAAGAAAAUAAUAUUAUAAUGGCAUUAUUAAUUCCUGGUCCCAAAUCCCCAGGAAAGGACAUCGAUGUUUACUUACGAUCCCUAAUUGAUGAACUAAAAGAAUUAUGGGAAGAAGGUGUAAAAACAUAUGAUGUAUCGAGUAAAAAAGAAUUUAUGAUGUGUGCUGCAAUAUUAUGGACAAUAAAUGACUUUCCAUCUUAUGGCACAAUAUAUGGGUGGAGCACAAAAGGCUACAAGGCAUGUCCUGUUUGUAAUGUGGAUGCUUCUUCGUUUCCGAUAUUAGGUAAGAUUAGUUAUAUGGGGCAUCAUCGUUUUUUGCCUUUGGAUCAUCCAUGGCGCAAAGAUAAACGCUAUGAUGGUAAAAUUGAGAAUCGUCCUCCUCCUAAAUUAUUAUUAGAAGAUGAUAUCUUAAAACAGUUAGAUACUGCUGAUGAAUUUAUGCCGGGAAAAAUACCAAAAAAAGAUAAUGGAAAAUUAUCCGAAGAAGUUGUACACAAGAGAAAAAAAAUUAAAGUGUGA